AUGGCGGAGCGGCGCAGCGGUGCGAGUGGCGCGGCGGCCGCAGUCUGCUGCGGAGUUCAUUUCCGCCGUGCCGGGGCGGCCAGUGCAGUGGACAGUGUGGAGGCGGCGGUGAGCGACCCGGGCCGGAGGCGGAGGCGCGCAGCCGCGCGGGCUCCGGACACAACCACAGCUGCGUCCGCAGCCGCACUGCAGGUGUGUGUUCUGGCGAGGCGUCGUCGCGCAGGCUCAAGGUCGGAUACAGGAGAGACAACUACCAGAGGACCAGCUGUCUAUGGCCGAUGCUACGUGACCAGAUCAACUCUGGAACCAUUGAACGGGAUUUCCGCCAGACGUGACACAGACGUCAACGCCGCCACUGUCCGCGUUGCUGUACCAAAGGAUUCCCUCGAUUCACCCGUCUGCCUACUUUUCUCGCCAAAUGUAAUUCCAGUCACUCGGUCCUACUGAGAUGAGAACCCCGAGAUCGCCUGCCGACGAUGUGAAGCUGUGAUGGAGGACGGCGGCUCGGCUUGCGGCGGCGGCAGCGCUGGGGGCGGCGCGUGCU